AUGGGCUCUAUAUCGACUUCUACACAUGGAGCACCAGACUCAGAGCCAAUAUUAAGCGACGCACUUUGGAGAGAGAGGGUGCCGCAUAUCAACGGAGAGAACCACUUCUUCUGGCCGUACCCGAUCCUAGAGAGGCUGAUAACACGAGAGACAAUCACCCGACAACUCCAUUCCGUCAAGAUAGGAUUGGAGGAUGCAGAGGCAUGCAGCAACUUAAUUCUGGGUAUCGACAGACCUUCAUUUCUUCGAGUCUUUGCCAUACUGGUUAUUGUAGAGCGGUCCGGUGAUAUCCGGGCUUUUAUAGACGCAGACUUGCAUGACGAAAGAUUUCCUCUGGUGCAAGGAUCUGAGCAUUAUCUCACUGCACAGAUUUGCAUGGCAAAGCUGGGGUGGUCUCAUAUGCAGAAAGACUAUUUCAACAUUAAUCAACUACGAAUAUCACCGAGGUUCUUUUCACUGGGAGAGGAUUACGAAGCCCAACACUAUGAUAUGCCUAAAGGGCAGAUGCUCCCUUGGGUACUAUGCAGAGACAGCUACGGAGUACACGAAGAGACACUAUCGGGAGGAUGCGGACAGGUUGUCAAGUACAAGAUUGACUCCAACUCACAUGGUUUUGCCCCCUUACUUGAGGAGCUUGGAUUUUAUGGUAGCUUCGUGGCCGUCAAGUCUUUGAAAAAUACAAGCAGAGAGAAAGGCACAUCGAACAAAGAGUUGAAAAUGCUCAAACGAUUCAGCGGUCUAAGUCACCCAAAUAUCAUUACGCUUUUGGCCACAUACACUCUCAACAACAGGCUUCACUUCAUCUUCCCGGUUGCCGAGUACGAUCUCCUCAUGUAUUGGAAAAUCCAUCCUGGUCCACUCGUAAGCCCGGCUUCUGCUAACAGCGAAGGUCUCUUAUGGCUGUCGGGACAAAUUCGAAACAUUCUCGGAGCCCUUGCACAUAUACACGAGGGCAGAAAAGCCAAUAUGGAUACGGAGACAAUGUUUGGCAGGCAUGGCGACAUAAAACCUGCCAACAUUCUUUGGUUCAGAUCACGGAAAGAGAGACGAGGUGUUUUUGUGAUAUCGGAUUUUGGUAUUGCGGAUGCCCACCGGGAAGAAACCAGAUCUAUUGUUUCUGCAGUUGAUUUACCUGUCACACCCAGGUAUCGAGCACCCGAGUGCGAUAUUCGUGAUGGCCGGAUAUCUAGAGCAUAUGAUGUCUGGAGUCUAGGCUGUGUAUUACUCGAAAUGAUUUCUUGGAUACUUGGGGCGAACGAACUGAGGGAACAGUUCAAAGAGAUCUUGGUUUCACCUUACAUUACCGGGGUCAAGACCGACAUAUACUACGAUUUUCACUGGCUUGGGCCUGGAGAGGGCUACAGAGUUGGGGUAAAAGAGCAAAUUCUCCAGUGGACCCGUUCAUUGCACAAUAAACCGGGUUGUAGCCCCUACGUCCACGAUUUGUUGAAAAUUAUACACCAAGAUAUGCUAGUGGUUGAUCAACAUAGGAGGAAAAGGAUGGCUGAUUUGCUUGAUAAUGUUGGCGAGAUGCACCAACGCGCCGUUGAUAACAUUGACUAUAUCAGAGCCCCAGAACCGAGCGAGGUAAUUAUGGAGGCAAGAUAUAUGGAUGGAGUGCGUUUGAAUAAUAAGAUAGAAAGCAUCCUUGAGAAUCAGGAGGAGAAAAGAAAGCAGCUGAACGAGGCCUCGCAUGGGGAGGUAUCGGGUAACUCGUGA